AUGGCAGAAAUCGAUAAUGUUUACACGAAAGAUGGAACAACUGAUUAUCGUAACCAGCCUGCCAUGAAGAACAAAACAGGAACAUGGAAAGCUUGCCCUUACAUUCUAGGAAAUGAAUGCUGUGAACGAUUGGCUUACUAUGGGAUUAAUACCAAUCUUGUAAAUUACCUCAAGUUCCAAAUGAACCAGAGGAAUGUUGAGGCUGUUAAUAAUGUCACAAAUUGGUCAGGCACAUGCUAUGUGACACCAUUGCUUGGAGCAUUUCUAGCUGAUGCAUACCUCGGAAGAUAUUACACGAUUGUUGCGUUCUCUAUAGUUUAUGUUUUGGGGAUGACACUAUUGACAUUAUCAGCAUCAGUUCAAGGGCUAAAACCACCAUGUGACAAAAACAAUGUGUGCAGUCCAACACAAUUCCAAGCAGGAGCGUUCUUUACUGGAUUGUACCUCAUAGCUCUUGGAACAGGAGGCAUAAAACCUUGUGUCUCCUCCUUUGGGGCAGACCAAUUUGAUGACACUGAUGAGGCUGAGAAGAAGAACAAGGGUUCUUUCUUCAACUGGUUCUACUUCUCAAUUAACAUUGGCGCACUUGUGGCUUCCUCUGUGCUUGUUUGGAUACAAACAAACGUUGGAUGGGGCUGGGGAUUUGGGAUUCCUGCUGUGGCUAUGGCGCUUGCUGUUGUGAGCUUCUUUUCGGGUACUCGCUUGUAUCGGAACCUGAGGCCCAGUGGAAGUCCCCUGACUCGCAUUUGCCAGGUGAUGGUUGCAUCCUUCAGAAAAUACAAAGAACAAGUUCCUAGAGAUAAGUCUCUAUUGUUUGAGACAGCAGAAGACGAGUCCGCUGUUAAAGGAAGCCGCAAGCUUGAUCACACAGAACAGCUAAGUUUCUUAGACAAGGCAGCAGUUGUGACUCAAUCAGACAGAACCAAAGGCUCAGUGAUGGCAUGGAGACUCUGCACUGUGACCCAAGUUGAGGAGCUCAAGUCCAUCAUAAGGCUACUGCCAAUUUGGGCCACUGGCAUUAUAUUCUCAGCUGUAUACAGCCAAAUGGGAACCUUGUUUGUGCUACAAGGCAACACAAUGGACCUUCACCUAGGCAACACCUCCUUUGAAAUCCCCUCCGCCUCGCUCUCCCUCUUCGACACCAUCAGCGUCAUCUUCUGGGUUCCGGUCUAUGAUCGUAUCAUUGUCCCAUUUGUUAGGAAAUUCACAGGACACAAAAAUGGGUUCACCCAACUUCAAAGAAUAGGAAUUGGGUUUGUGAUCUCAGUCUUUGCAAUGUUGGCUGCUGCGACUUUGGAGCUCCUGAGACUCAAUGAGGUGAAAAAGCACAAUUACUAUGACCUCAAGCACAUUCCCAUGUCAAUCUUUUGGCAAGUGCCUCAGUACUUCAUAAUUGGGUGUGGUGAGGUUUUCACCUUUAUUGGGCAAUCGGAAUUCUUCUAUGAGCAAGCUCCUGAUGCCAUGAGGAGUUUAUGUUCUGCUCUGGCUCUCAUAACGACUGCACUAGGGAACUACUUGAGUACAUUUCUUGUGAAUGUUGUGACUGAUGUGAGCACAAGAAAUGGCAAAGCUGGUUGGAUACCAGAUAACUUGAAUUAUGGGCGCCUUGACUACUUCUUCUGGCUUUUGGCUGUGUUGAGUUGCCAGAAGAUGGCUUUGGCGGAAGAUGAUUAUACAAAUGAUGGCACUGUGGACAUUCGUAAAAACCCUGCUAACAAGAGGAAGACUGGAAAUUGGAAGGCAUGCCGCUUUAUUCUUGGAAAUGAAUGCUGUGAAAGAUUGGCAUACUAUGGAAUGAGUACUAAUCUGGUGAACUAUCUUCAGAAACAACUCAGCAUGGGAAAUGCCGCGGCAGCAAACAAUGUCACCAAUUGGUCUGGAACUUGCUAUGUCACACCAUUGUUAGGAGCCUUCCUAGCUGAUGCAUACUUAGGAAGAUAUUGGACGAUUGCAAUUUUCUCAAUUAUAUAUGUUUUUGGGAUGGGAUUCUUGUCUCUGACUGCAUCUAUCAAUGGACUAAAACCAUCAUGCGACAGCUCUGGUUGCCACGCAACUUCAUCACAAAUAGCAGCCUGCUUUGUAGCUCUGUACAUGAUUGCACUAGGUACUGGUGGAAUCAAGCCGUGCGUGUCAUCUUUUGGUGCUGAUCAAUUUGAUGAAACAGAUGAUACUGAGAAGGAAAAGAAGAGCUCUUUCUUCAAUUGGUUUUACAUGUCAAUCAAUGUUGGUGCAAUGAUUGCUUCCUCAGUUUUGGUCUAUAUACAAAUGAAUGUAGGAUGGGACUGGGGUUUUGGGAUCCCUGCAGUUGCAAUGGCCAUAGCAGUUGUGUUCUUUUUCGUGGGUAGUUCAUUGUAUCGACUUCAGAAACCUGGAGGGAGUCCCAUCACAAGGAUUAUUCAGGUCAUUGUUGCAUCCUGCAGGAACUUCAAUGUAAAAGUCCCGGAUGACAAGUCUCUUCUUUAUGAAACAAGAGAUGCUGAGAGUAGUAUCCAAGGAAGCCGCAAGCUUGAGCACACAGACAAGUUAAGUUUCUUUGACAAGGCUGCUGUGGAGGACCUGAAGAGCUUGGAAAACCCAUGGAAAGUCUGCACAGUUACUCAAGUAGAGGAGCUCAAGGCCGUUAUCCGGUUACUUCCAGUAUGGGCAUCUGGGAUAGUCUUUGCUGCAGUUUACAGUCAAAUGAGCACAAUGUUUGUUUUGCAAGGCAACACACUGGAUCAACAUAUGGGCCCUAACUUCAAGAUUCCAUCAGCAUCUCUAUCCCUCUUUGACACAGUCAGUGUCCUCAUCUGGGCUCCUAUAUAUGACCUAGUCAUUGUCCCCUUUGCAAGAAAGUUCACUGGUCAUCCAAGAGGUUUCACUCAGCUACAGAGAAUGGGGAUUGGCCUUGUCAUAUCUGUAUUUUCCAUGGUUGUUGCUGGGAUCUUGGAGGUUGUUCGGCUUCGGAUUGUGCAGAAGAACAAUUACUAUGACCGCGAGUACAUCCCCAUGACAAUAUUUUGGCAAGUUCCCCAGUACUUCCUUAUUGGAUGUGCAGAAGUAUUCACAUUCAUUGGACAGUUGGAAUUUUUCUAUGACCAAGCACCUGAUGCUAUGAGAAGCUUGUGCUCUGCACUCUCACUCACCACUAUUGCAUUGGGAAAUUACCUCAGCACUCUGCUUGUUACCAUUGUAACUAAAACUACCACAAGAAAUGGGAAGCUUGGUUGGAUUCCUGAUAACUUGAACAGAGGCCAUCUUGACUAUUAUUAUUGGGUGUUGACCCUUCUCAGCAUCAUUAACUUCCUUGUGUAUCUCUUGAUUGCUAAGUGGUAUACCUACAAGAAAACAGUGGAUCACUGAUCCAGUACAAAGGCACAAGAGGAGCGCUGGAACCUGUGAAUAAGCUAGCUUGUCUGCUAUUGUAGUUUGUCUUUCUGUCAUUUAAGGUUUGAUACUAAAAAACAUGGUUAGGGAUUUGUGUGUUAAUUUCCAAAUAGAUUAUGGUUUGUUUGUUAAUUAUCUCAAUUUCUGUUUAGUUUG